AUGCAAUCAUUCAAACGAAUACCGUCAAAAUUGGGGUCUCAGGCCCGUACUCUUGCAACAGCGCGAUCAGCUGCGUCUCCAGCACUGGCUGAUAGGAAAUGGAAACUCGAGUGGACACCAAGAACCGCACCUGCGCCCGAACCACCAACGGGGUUUGCAAGAGAUUAUAUCGAAACUACAGAUGGGAGACUCGAGCUAUUAAAAACGAUAUCGAAAGAAUCAAUUGAUACGGACAAGCCACCUCUUUUCUUUCAACAUGGCGGGUUUGGAUGCGCGGAUAACUAUAUCCCCUGGAUGGAGUACUUUUCAAAACGAGGUUACCCUUGCUAUGCCCUAUCCAUUCGAGGUCACGGAUACAGCUGGGGUCCCUCGUACUAUAAAACGGUCUUCCAAACUACAGCGCCUAUGCUUGCUCACGACGUGGCCGCCGGAGUAAGACAUGUUACUGAUUUUCAUAAGAAAGACCCAGUUAAGAGACGGGGUGGUGGGUUACCGGUCUUGUUGGGACAUAGCAAUGGUGGUGGACUCAGUCAGAUGUUACUUGAUCGUGGAUAUGCUAAAGCUUCAGCAUUAGUAAUCCUAGCUGGAACACCGAAUUUUGGAGGGUGGGGCGUUUACAAGAACUGGGGCACUUUUGAUCCUUGGUUCGUUCCUAGAAUGUAUUUCCGGGAUCUAUUUCAUCCGCGCUCGCCUUUAUCAAAAACGAGCCUUGUACAUCGUGCAUUUUUCUGCGACGAAUUUCCAAGAGAGGAAGUAAAAGAAUUCGAAAAGAAAAUGUCGCCAUACUUGAGUUACUGGUGGCCGAUUCAGAUAAUGGGGCGAUUUGUUAAAACAGAAAAUGUUCUUUCCAAUCUCACAGGUUGGGGUGGUGGAAGGGUUUUUAUUCUUGCUGCGGAGCGUGAUAGACUCAUGAGCUUGGAAUUAAUGGGACGUAUGGCAGACGAAUACCGUAAACAGAGAGCAUCCAUGGUUCGCUCGAAAGUAUUUACAAACGAUGGCAGAGAUAUAGACCAAAACUGGAUUUCUGGUGAGAGUGAGAGAACUAUAUUUGGUGGUUUGGAGGGGAUACGGGAUGGUAUUGCGUACAGAGUGGUAGAGGGGGCAGGUCACCAUCUUCAAAACGAUUUGCAGAAAAAUAUCAGUGCUAAAUAUCUUGAGCAGUGGUUGGAGAUUUUGGAUAAAGCAUAG